GACGCGCCCGGCGUGGGUGAGGGGUCUAGGGGACCUUGGAGGCUGUGUCCUCUCGGCCCGGCGGUAGGGAGGCCCUGGGAGCUUCGCCGACUGUCGAUGAAGAGACAGGUCCAGGGAGGGAAGUACCCUGGGCCAAGAUCACACACCAGCUCAGGAACACAAUCAUGGACAGGGCCCAGGGCUCCUGAUGUACCAGCCAGGCUUCUGUGCCAGUGUCUUGUGCCCCACACCUCACCCUGCUUCAGAAGUCCUGACAGAGCUGUGUGGAGGCCGUCCUGGCAGGCUCCCGGGAUUCGAAGCCAUUAGACCCCACAUGGAAUCCAGUGCCUCAAGUCCGACUGCUGCACCCUUGGUGAAGAGACAGUUCCAUGUUCUCGUGGGUGUCACUGGGAGUGUUGCAGCCCUGAAGUUGCCUCUUCUGGUGUCUAGGCUUUUGGACAUUCCUGGUCUGGAAGUAGCAGUGGUCACAACCGAGAGAGCCAAACAUUUCUACAGCCCCCAGGACAUUCCUGUCACUCUCUACAGCGACGCUGAUGAAUGGGAGAUGUGGAAGUGCCGAUCCGACCCAGUUCUCCACAUUGACCUGCGGAGGUGGGCCGACCUCAUGUUGGUGGCUCCUCUUGAUGCCAACACCUUGGGGAAGGUGGCCAGUGGCAUAUGUGACAACUUGCUUACCUGUGUCAUCCGAGCCUGGGACUGCCGCAAGCCCCUGGUCUUCUGCCCAGCGAUGAACACCGUCAUGUGGGAGCAUCCCAUCACGGCGCAGCAGGUGGGCCAGCUCAAGGCCUUCGGCUAUGUUGAGAUACCUUGUGUGGCCAAGAAGUUGGUGUGUGGAGACCAAGGUCUAGGGGCCAUGGCCGAGGUGGGCACCAUUGUGGACAAAGUGGAAGAAAUCCUCUUCCGGCAUGGUGGCUCUCAGCAGAGUUGAACCCAGGAUUUCUGUCAUGUGUGUCCCUCUGCACUCAGCGUGUUUUCAGGCCAAGUCUAUGAAGAAGGUGGAUGUUGGCAAAAUACGGUGAAGACUUCUGCGUUUACUGGGGAGGAGUCUGGCCUGGGCUGGGGGCCUGACUUGCCUCAGGUUCAAUUAGACCAAAGGCCCAGGUCCCGACUUCUUUCCAGCUAAGAGAUGCCUGCUUUCCAGAACCCUCUUCC